AUGUCAGACGAUGCCAUUAGAGGAGCCUCUUCUGAAGAACAGAUUAUUGAGGCUGCCAGAAGGAACAACAUGGAUCUCUUUAAUUCUGUCGAAGCCGACUAUAGGGACAAGCCUCAAGAAUUUAUCGGCGUGAUCAACGAGGCUCGAGAUGCCACUGGAGAUUCGGCUUUGCAUCUAUGUUGUAAAUAUGGAUGCUAUGAGGUAAUGGAUGUGAUUUUGGAUUUUCAGGGAAUCAACUUGGAGCCUAAGAAUCCUAUGACUGGUGAUACUCCUAUGCAUUAUGCUGCUUAUUAUAGUUUUCAAGAGCCCGACUACGCUUUGUUUUUGAUCGAACAGUUAAUAGAGAUCGGAGCUGAUCCUACCGUUAAAAAUAAUGAUGGGUUGAAGCCUGUCGACAUUGUGGGAGGUUCCAAUGAGAAGCUUAAAAAAGCUCUUCAGAGUGCAGAGUAUGCUAUGAGUGCGCAGCUUGCAAUAGAGAUAGUGGACGAUGAGGGGGAGGAUGAUAAGGAGGAGGAGGAGGAUAAUAAAGAAGACGAGGCCCUCGAGCAAUCCAAAUGA